AUGGCCUGGUGGCAUUCGCUUCGCCUGAGCAACCGUUACAUCAGCAGGCACGUGCUCCUCCUGCUGCGCUUCUACCAGGCGCUGUUCCAUUACCUGGGAUUGAUGCGUCUCCGCUACGAGGAGUCCUGCAAUGAGCUGCGAUUGACGUACUACAGCGUCACGGUGUCAAGGAUGAUUGGGCUCUGGUGCGCCUUCUUCUUCACGCUGGCCCUGCUGGAUCCCUAUCCCCUGAUGCUGCAUCUCCAGCUGGUGGGCUUCAGCUGCUGCCUGUUGAUCCAGCCAAGAGGAGUCAUCGAGGAGCGAAGACGGGUGAUAAACCGAAUCCUGCGACUUGCUCCGCAGCUGCAUCGCCUAUGCAGGCGGAAGGUGGAGUUGUCCUGGCUGGUGGCUUUCCAGAUGGUGCUCAAGCUGCUGGUCUUUCGGAUGUUCUACAAGGGUCUUCUGGGCCCCCUGAACGCCAGCUGGAAAAUGCUGUACAUUGUGGUCUUCGUGGUGCCCAUUUCUAUGGCCAUUUGGGUGAUAGAUGUCACCUCGCAUUUGAUUAGCAUUGUGCUAGCCCAGUUGCGGAAGUCCUUCGAGCUGGUGAACAGUGAAAUGGCGGCGAUUGACGAGAAGCUCUGUUUGAUGAUCCUGCGAUCCGAUUACCGAGCGAUUAGGAGACUACAGAGACGCCAGAUUUCCCUACAGCGCCUGCAUCGAUCCUAUGUCAAGGUCACCCAGCAACUGAUAGAUUGCCUGAGUCCCCAGUUGCUUCUCAUCGUUCUCUACAACGUGAGCUCCAUCUAUACUUUUUGCAGUGGCGAAUGGCGACGCAUCUUCCAGAUCGCCCUCAUUGUCAACGCGCUGCGGUCUCUGCUGCACACCCUCGAUGAGCUGGUGGCCACCAUUGGUGCUCCGGAGGACACCUCCUGGAUGCAUGUGGCGCGGUUACUGCAGUUCGAGGAGGUCCUGGCCACGCAUGGAUGGUCGGAGCGGAAGGACUUCCGCUGGAAGCUGCAGGAUAUCGACAGUUUUGGUCAGAGCGUAAGGAGCGGUUGCUUCCAAAGAAGGAUUUUAGUCCUGGGACUGGUUACGCCCAACAGACGACUCCUGUUUCGCAUCGGCUUCGCAUUCUGUAGUCUGCUGCAUCUGCAUUAUAUGUUGAAGAAAUCUGCUUUGGUUGCCGAGAAGGAAAUCUUUAUCGGUUCGGAUGUGGACUUAAAACCCAAGCAUUAA